UAAAGUAUUUCAGCGACGUUUUACGUUGUGUCGUAGGCGAGUGAAAACCAGGAAGUAUGUGUUAGAGAAUAAAGUGAAUUUACGGGGGGGCUAAGACAACGUAGAAGGAGCUGUGGGGAAAAUUGUAGUGCUCCGUCCCUUCUGUAUAGAAGACGGUGAAGGAGGGACUAUCAAAAGAGCGCAGCCCCAACGGUUUACCGGUACCGUAAGGGCGGAACCGAGGCCCCCCCAGGCCCACACCCUCCACAAGAGUCCUAGGAUCAGAGAAAAGGAUGCAUAUAAUAAGCACUGGUUGGUGUUCCUGGGAUUCUUGGUGCUUCUUGAACAUAAUGCAGCCGAACAGUGCCUAACUCUCUCGGUCAUCCUGUCAUGGAUGGGGAGAAUUAUUCACAAGCUGAACACCAGCAGACAGCCCAUACUAUGUAUGGAGUAUCCAGUGCUCAGAGUCCUUUUUCUGCUCCGUUUGAGCGGCUGUCCAGUUUUCCACUCAGUACAAGUUUUACAACAUAUUUUCAACCUCAGGCACUGGCAAGUGAAAACCAGCACUGUUUAAAUACUACUGCAGCAUAUCCAAAUCUUUUUAAUGGACAGAAUCUUCAGGAGACAGACUAUGCAGGCUUGACUGCCUUUCAGCCAAAAAAUGGUGACUAUACUCAGGACACUUCAUAUUUUGAUGACCUCUCUAACAAUUCCCUCUUUUCUUCUCCUGCGGACUCUCUUUCGGAUAUUGCAGAUGCACAAGAAUUUCUCCCUGCAGAUUCCUUGAUAAACAGUCUGCAGUGGGAUGCAAACCUCCACCAGCAGAAUUCAUUUGAGCCCUUUCCAUCUAGAUUCACAGGUUUGAAUAGUUUAGAGGAACUAGCAGCAAUCAUUAACACACCACCCCUUGCACAGUACCAGCCACAGCCGCCUGCAGAAGAUGAGGACGAGGGAGACAGUGAAGAAUCAGAAGAAUUGGGCCAUGCAGAAACCUAUGCAGAAUAUGUCCCUCCAAAAUCUAAAAUAGGAAAACAGCAUCCUGACCGAGUGGUUGAGACAAGUACAUUGUCCAGUGUUCCGCCACCUGAUAUCACUUACAGUCUCUCAUUUUCCGAAAGCACCAUUGAUGAGGGGUUACUGUCUGCGCUACAGCUGGAAGCCAUUAUCUAUGCUUGCCAGCAACAUGAGGUUAUUUUGCAUAGUGGACAACGUGCAGGGUUUCUCAUUGGUGAUGGUGCUGGCGUUGGAAAGGGACGAACAGUAGCGGGCAUAAUUUUUGAAAACUAUUUGAAGGGAAGAAAAAAGUCGUUAUGGUUUAGUGUUUCAAAUGAUCUAAUGUACGAUGCACUGCGAGAUCUCCAGGACAUUGAUGCACAACACAUUCCUGUGCAUGCAUUAAAUAAGAUUAAAUAUGGAGAUACAGCUACCUCAGAAGGUGUUCUUUUUGCCACCUACUCUGCACUGAUUGGAGAGAGCCAGGCUGGUGGUCAGCACAGAACAAGAUUAAAACAAAUCCUUGACUGGUGCGAUGACAACUUUGACGGAGUUAUUGUGUUUGAUGAAUGCCACAAAGCCAAAAAUGCCAGUUCCACCAAGAUGGGUAAAGCCGUGCUAGAACUGCAGAAGAGAUUGCCACUGGCAAGGGUAGUCUAUGCUAGUGCCACAGGACAUUCAGAUUUAAGAGAAUUGAUCUACUUAUGCAGCCUUGGACUCUGGACCCAAGGUUCUCCUUUUCGAUUCUUUGCUGGAUGGUUGCAUGCCAUAGAAGAAAGAGGAGUUGGUGCAAUGGAGAUAGUCGCAAUGGACAUGAAAGUAAGCGGAAUGUAUAUUGCACGGCAACUCAGUUUCACUGGAGUCACCUUCAGAAUUGAGGAAAUCCCUUUGGAUAAGCAGUUUCUAUCCAUUUAUAACAAGUCUGCACAGUUGUGGGCACAUGCAAUGGAAGUAUUUCAGAGAGCAGCUGACUGGAUUGGAUUGGAAUCUCGAAAGUCACUUUGGGGUCAGUUCUGGUCUGCUCAUCAGCGCUUCUUCAAGUACCUGUGUAUUGCUGCCAAGGUACGACGCCUAGUUGAACUGGCCACAGAGGAACUGGGUAAAGGCAAGUGCAUUGUUAUAGGGUUGCAGUCUACUGGAGAGUCUCGAACGAGAGAGGUCCUAGAUGAAAAUGACGGCCAGCUGAAUUGCUUUGUGUCUGCCGCAGAAGGAGUUUUUCUGUCACUUAUUCAGAAGCACUUUCCCUCAACUAGGAGAAGGCGGGACAGAGGAAAUGGCAUGAAAAGAAAACGGAAAUUGAAAGGCAGAGCUUCAAAGGUUCUGAAACCAGGCGAUUUUUCUGAUAUAAUUAGAAUCAGUGAUGACAGCAGCAGUGAUUCAGAAGCAGCAUUGGACAGUGACUUUAACUCUUCCCCUGAGUCUGUAAUUGAAAAUGACAAUGAAGUCAUCUUUGUUUCUGAAGACAAAGGAACACAAGAACAGCUAGAAAAAAUUAAAAUAGAUCUACUACAGCAAGUCAAAAAUCUUGGACGAGAUCUACCUCUUAAUACUUUGGACCAGCUGAUUGAUCUGUUUGGAGGUCCUGACAAAGUAGCUGAGAUGACUGGUAGAAAAGGUCGUGUUGUCCGCAGACCUGAUGGUGUUUGUUUUGAAUCACGGGCUGAACAGGGCCUUUCAAUAGAUAAUGUAAACUUGAAAGAGAAAGAACGAUUUAUGAAUGGUGAGAAGGUUAUAGCAAUAAUCUCAGAGGCUUCAAGUUCAGGAAUCUCUCUGCAGGCUGAUAGACGAAAGCCAAAUCAGAAGCGCCGUGUUCACAUGACAUUAGAGUUACCAUGGAGUGCAGACCGAGCCAUACAGCAGUUUGGUCGAACUCACAGGUCAAAUCAAGUGUUUGCUCCAGAGUAUAUAUUUCUAAUCUCUGAAUUAGCGGGCGAGAGAAGAUUUGCAUCAAUUGUGGCAAAGCGCCUAGAAAGCCUUGGUGCUUUAACUCAUGGUGACAGGAGAGCCACGGAAAGCCGAGACCUUAGCAAAUAUAACUUUGAAAAUAAGUAUGGUGCCAAAGCUUUAGACCGUAUCAUCAAAGCUGUCAUUGCCCAGCAGGUGAACCAUGUCUCUCCGCCAAAGAACUAUCCUGGAGGUGAUGCUGAAUUUUUCAGGGAUAUGAAACAUGGAUUGACUUCAGUGGGUAUUUUCUGCAAAGAGAACCGAUAUGGAAGUGUCAAUGUAGAAAAAGAUUGCAGCAUCACAAAGUUCCUAAACCGGAUCCUUGGGCUGGAGGUCCAUAAGCAGAACAGCUUGUUCCAGUACUUCAUCGACACUUUUGAGUACUUGAUAGAAAGGGAUAAGAAGGAGGGAAAGUACGACAUGGGAAUCCUAGAUUUGGCUCCAGGAGUUGAUGAAAUCUAUGAAGAGAGUCAGCAGAUAUUUCUCACACCAGGAUACCCUCAGAAUGGACAAGUCGUGCUUUACAAGAUAAGUGUGGACCGUGGAUUGCCUUGGCAAGAAGCUUUAGAGAAGUCGCAAAGUCUGACUGGACCAAAUGAUGGCUUUUAUGUUUCUUUCAGGGUAGAGGGAAAUAAGCCCAACUACCUCCUUUCUCACCAGAGCAGGGGGAAGAGAUUUACCAUUCCGAAUCUGGGUAGAGAGAGCAAUCUCAGAAGCCUUACCCCUCUCAGCAGGAGGUACAGACGGACAACAUCAGAAGAAGCCAAAGAACUUUGGGAAGAACAGUACCAGUUUUCCUUCUCAAACUGUAGUCAUGCUGCUUGGAGUGGAAAUUGCAAGUUAAUUCAAGAGGGAAAGGACUGCUUCCAGGGAACACGACUGCGCCACUAUUACAUGCUGUGUGGUGCUUUGUUACGUGUCUGGAAUAGAAUUGUUGGCGUAAUGUCUGACGUUACAAGUAGCAGCUAUUUGCCUAUUGUCCGCCUCAAAACCAAAGAGCAGAAAAAACAAGUUGGCAUAAAAAUUCCUAAGGGAUGUGUGCAGAAGAUAAUUGAAGAGCUAAAACACAUGGAUGCAGAGGUGAAAAAAAAAAUUCAACAAGAGAAGCUUCGCCAGGAGGAGAAACAAUGCCAACUGCAAGCAUUACAGCAGAUCCAUGAAUGCCAGCAUCAGCCUUUGGAUCUGACCCACCGCCUCAUAACACCCACUCAGUACAUGCACAGUGAUGAUGUGCUUGACUUGACCUAUAGUCCUCAGACACAGAGCAUGCCUGAUGUAGUGCUGAACCGGGAGUCGGGGGUAUCUGAUUUUUUACCAGAGGUAGCACUUUAUCACCACCACCAGCAACAAGUACCAUUAGGACUCUCCAUUCCCUUUGGCUCAGAAUCUUAUGAGGAUUCUCUGCUUGGCUUACACAGGCAAGUUCCUUUGAAGCCACCAUUGCAUGAACCUUUCCAGCAUAAUCACCUGCAAAACCAUCAACAGCAGCAGGAGGAUCCACUUCAGCAAGAAAUUAAUUUCCGAGAGAUUCUGGAAGAAAUGUUAAGGACUAUGAAUGUUCCACAAAAUGAUGACUUCUCCCAGAGCAGACAGAGUGUCAUCCAGUUUGGGGGCCCACUUACAGACUUUUGGGAUGUUGGUUGACAUACAGCAUUGUGAACAAUGGGAAUAUCAGACUAGCAUUCUUGCCUCAGCUCAGAUGUUCUUACUGAUCUGCCGUCAGACUUCAAAUUUUAACAGGUUUUAUGGCACUCCCAUUAUUUUUAAUGGGUUUUAAAUAACCUGGUUCAUAGUACUUGGAAAUUUAGUGUGUUACAAAUUUAUUUAUAGAGAGAAAUAUUUUUUGAGUGUUUACUUGCGAAGAUCAAAUCAUCACGCUGAGUGGCCUCCUGGUUUAGAAGGCUGCAUUUAAUGAGUGGGAGUUGCUGUCAAGACCAUUGUCCCUUUGUACUCCCACAUUGUAUUACAGAUCUCUGGCUGUUAAAUAAAAAUUGCGGUGUUGGAGCAGCAUAUUAAAAAUUUUUCUGACUAGAAAAAGUUAAAAGCUCUUGGGUGUGCUGUCUCUUCUAACAGCUGCACAUGUAUUUAUUAUAUUAUUUUUUUUUUUUUGCCCUUCUGGUCAUCUAAUUUUCUGUAAUCACUGUCUUGAUUGUAAGCCCCAGCUGAGAAUGCUGAUUAAUCACUGGAAAAAAAGAAUGCAAGGAAUUCCAGACUGAAAAAACAGUAAUAUAGAGAUUCACAUUUCACUGUUCAUAUGAGCAUCAUCUGCUGCUGGUGAAUAGGUGUAAUCUCGUAAUAUUUAGGGGAGUAUGUAAUUUCUUCUUCAUCAGGGAGAGGAACUGCAUAUGCAUAAAAACAGUAAAGAUUUGGCUGGUACACACUGCCUAUACACUGCCUUAAGUGUCUACCUGGCCCUUGCAUACACACCUCUAGUUCUGUUGUUGCCUUUGCUCACAGUGUGUCGACAGCAGUCAUUACCUUUAAAAAGUGCCACGUAAUACUAGGCUGCAGCAAGUCCCUUUUUUCUUGGUGAAUGCUUUUAUCAGAAUGCAGUCAUACCAAGAAGCCUAUUUUAUUAUUUUUUUUUUUUCCAUAUGAGCUUCCCCCAUUUUGGAGGGGAGGAAAGGUGUCAUCAUCAAUAGAAGGUAUGUCUUUUAAUCAGCUGUAAGAAAAAAUUAUAUAUAUUUAUAAAUACAUAAAUGUUUAUUUGCAUUGUGCAUGACUAUAUUAAAGAUUUGUGUGUAUGUAUAUUUGUACGUGUGUGUGUGCAUGCUUAUGCGUGCUUGGGGGGUAUUUAUCUGACAGUAGUGAAAAAAAAAAAGAUGCUGAGCCCCAGUACUUUUAAUAUUGUUUUGCCACUUGUAGUCACUGCUCCCCAACACCUCCAAUGUUUGGCUACAGAAACUUUAACCAGGGUUUAUCAUACUAUUCACUGUUGCAGUCCACAUAUAUGGGAUGUACUGCCUGUAGUUAGCUGAAGGUCACCUCAACUUCCACAGCUGUACCUUCCCUCAUAGGCCUUAGCCAACUCCACCCUACUCAGACAACAGGGACCUCAGUGGUAUAAGGGGGACACUGGCUGAUGCUAUGUGCAGAUCUUUCUUGUGUAGCAGUUCAGUUCCGAGUCUGGAGAAUCAUCAACUGGCUUGCUUCUGGAGGAAGGAUAAGUACCCCACAGAGGAAUUUCAUUUGCCUUUUUGUAGCUGCUUCAGCAGAUAUACUAACAUCUGACUUAAGAAAUACAACUGUACUGUGUGGGAAACAGGUCACUAUAGGGAGUUGCAUUCCCAUUUUUUUCUGCCUUUGCAUGGAGCACAUGAAUGUUUAUCCAUGUUGUUAGCUUAACCUCAAGGAUAGUCAGGAGAACUAAAUAUUUUCAGGAGUUCACAUUUCAAAAGAGGGGCUGGAUUUGAAACAUAACACUGUGAUGGCUGCAUAUGGGAACCUUCCUGCAAAGCAUAGACACACUAAGCAGCAACAGGAAACCGAGGACAGUCUGUCAGACGCCAUUGAUUUUCAUAGGUCCAGUCACACUGAUCUCACUGAGGUGCUUUCACAGUCCCCAACUUCAGAAUUGGUUGUAGCCAGGCCUCUGUUAUAACCACUCCAUUUGUUGCUAGCAUGUGCUCCUAGACUGACACCAUUGAGUUAUCAGCCAGAUCUGAGGGCCUUAGGACACAGUUUAUGAGUGAAGGUCAGGGCAGUAUUCCCUUUAUCUUGGUUUUUGAGGAGGUUUUCAGUGACAGUGUGGAGGUCUUAGUCACCCUUCUGUGAAAUAAGGCCAUUUCCCUAGAGAAGCUGAAGUGUAAAGCACCAAAGAUGCUACUGGUUACUGCUAAAUUGCCCCUGCUUAGGUUAAGUGGAAUAUCAGUCCAGUCUACUUCCAAGGCUUCUACACAAGUUAUUCCAACUGGCGCACGGGAUUUUGAGUUUCUUUAAUUCGUCAGUCAGCUUUGGAAAUUCCAAUGAUGCCAGAGGUCCAUUCUAAGAGAAGAGAAGGAUGAUGCCUUCCCAUUGGAGGAUUAUGAUACCCCAGAGUAAAAGGCAGUUGAUGGCAAUCAUAUGUUGGCCAGCUAACUUCUUCCCCUGUUUAUGACUGACGUUAGGAAUCCUUAUCCUGUGCUUCACCUCCAGAUCUGUCAAGUGGGGACAUCCGCAACGAAAUGGAGGAGGAGUUCCAGUGGAAGUCUAAAGACCACUCACAGGCCCAUCUCGGAUACAGAGGUUUUGUAUACCAGCGUGAUUGGUGGAGUACUAGCUGUCCCUCCAGCUGUUGAUGCCCUGAAGGAUUAUUUACGAUUACAUCUUUGAAGCCAGAUUCCCUACCCUUUUCUCCAAUGAAGCAUGAUCUUGUUCUACCAUAUCCAGAAUUCCAUAUAGGAACCUUUGGCUGAUCCAGCUGUAGUGUCCCUAGAUUCCAGCAAGGUAUUCCCUGCUGCUUCAUCCUUGCACUCUGUUCUCCUAAUGAUGAGAGUAAGAUUUUUGUCCAGUUUUUGGAAAAAGGCAUAUAUCUGUGUUCCCUGGCAUUCAGAGCCUUGAACUGUCAAGUACUAUAUGCUCAGCUGCAAACAAACCCUGCAGGAGAAGAUGAGGUCCAAUGCAGAGGGGGUCACUGACAAGUACCUGAACCAGAAAAUGCUUAAACUAUGUGAACUAUCAGCAGUCCAAUAACAGUGGUUCUGAAGCAGUGGAUAUAUCUUGCAGGGUAGAAACAAUAGUGUUGAUUAUUCAGAGACAUGCCUAAGGGCAUAGCCCUUGCCAGGUCCUUUGUAGGGGGAAGCUCCUUAGUGUACCUCAGUAUAAGGGUUUCAUUUUCAGACUCUACUGAAGGUGUCUUCAAAAGACUAGAAGAAAAGGGUGAGACUUUAUAAUCCGUGAAGUAGCUUUUUCAUUUGCAGGCAACAAAGUUCAGCAGAAACUGCCCAGCCACGUCAUGGCUUCUAUACACAAGGCAAGGGAAAAACUAGGCAGACAAGAGUAAGAAGGCUAGGUUUUGUAGAGAAUGGCAAUCUAAGCCUAAAGAAAAGACUGGAGGCCAUCAAGACCAUGACUGUUAGAGGGAGCUGACAUGACUCAGCUUGGCUGCUCGCUCCUCAUACCCAAAUUCCUUAACCUUUAUGGAUAAUAAGACAUUUAGAAUUUUUUGCCUAAAAUUGGAAAGCAUAAGUUGGGACUAGUGGGCCCUAAAAUGCUGAAACAGGGAAUACAGUCUGCAAUUCCAAAGCGUGGGGGUAUUCCCCUUGUACCAAAACAUGUAAAGUAAGUCUUGUCAUACCCUGUUUAAAAAAUGCAGAAACAAUGGACUAUAAAGGGAGGACCCAGAGCUGAAUGUAAGCCUGGUCAUAACCUGUUUAAAAAAUGCAGGACCAAUGGCUGAUAAAGGGAGGACCCAGAGCUGAAGAUUCAGGAUUGCACUCAAGGUUGAUUUUAAUGUCCAGAAAAGAAGGAAUAUGGAAACCUACCAAGAUUAAACACAUUCCUAAUUACCCCAAAAUUCACAAUGUUACUUCUCCAAGGCCUCCUAUCUCCCCACAUACGUUUUUGGUUGUGUGGGUCCUGAAGGAUGGCAAUAUACAUAUCUCUACAGCCAGGCACCACAGAAGGUUUCUAACAUUUGAAGGGGGAAGAGAUAAUUUCCAAUUAAUUUACUUGCCUUUUAGGUUGUCUGCUGCACUCAGAGUUUCUACAGAAUGCCUGAUUCCAGUUGCAGCUUUUUGUAGAACAAACAGAAUCCAUUUUACCCAUACCUGGAUGACUAUUUGAAAAGAGCAGACUUCCUGAAGGAGUAGAUACAAAAGGCAUUGAGUUUCACCUUCACAUGUUGUCCAAAAUUUGGGUUUUCUGCCAAUGUGGCAAAGCCAAACUUUACCCCACCAGAGGGAGUAGUAUUCUCUGGGUACUGAUGGACACAAAUUUGCAAAAGGCUUUCCUUCCAGAUGAAAAGGUACCAUUUCUGCACCUCUUCUGUCAAAGAGUAUCCUAAAGUAUAAGUUAGUCACAGCUGAUUCUGGGUUACCUGGUAUCAUGCAUUCCUGCAUGUGAGAAAGUUAGUGAUACUUCAGAGAUAUUGUGCCAACACUCCCAGUCCUUAGAAACCCUCAUACCUAUACUGUCUUUUAUAAAGAAAGAAAACUCUUAUGGAGAAUUAAGUAAACUAGGGGGUAUCAUUCAGACUAGCACAGCCUGCGCAGACACUAACCUCAGAUUCCUUGGGCUUAAGCCUGGGCAACCCAUGUGAGAUCUCUGAAAGUUCAGGGCACAUAGAACAAAAGCAUGAGAAGAAAAUGGGUCUAUGUCAUUUAAUUGAAAGCUCAUUUUAUUGAAACUUAAAAUCGUCGAAUACCAUUUGAUUGAAAACUCAUUUCAUAGAAAAUUGUAGAAGUGUAUAGAAAGUAUGCAAUGGUGUAAUUUCUUGUCAUGGGAGUUAUUAGGGAACUGAGCCUUGCAGAGUGUGUGUGAAUUGCAGUGGACAGCAUCAUGUUUUAUCCCCAGAUCUGUAUAGAUUUUUGUUUGUACUCCAGCACUAAUUCACUGCAUGUGGUGUUUUCUUCUUUUCUGUUUGGUUGUGCAACUGUGGAGUUAGUAUAUAUAGAUAUAUACAGUAUGAGUGCAGAGGGGCUUGCCAUCCUGCAAAAACAUGUUUUUAGGAUAUAUGUCUUAUGGAGAAGGUUUUCUGUGAAGUGAGUUUUCAGUCAAAUAGCUUUUGACAAUUUGGGUUUCAGUGAAAUGACAUAGACCUGGAAGACAACAUCCAAAAGUGGAAAGUGUGAUGGCUGUUGUCUUAGUAUUGAGAUAAUUCAAACUGAUUUGAGCACGGGACACUUCAGAUUUUUAAAACAAUACUGUAGUCUGUGAUAAAGCCACAAAGAGAAAAAUCUACUCAUAUCCUGUGCAGAUUAGCAGUGCAGACGUGGGAGUCAGGAUGUCCUUGAAGGGCCUGACCCUCAGGAUGUCCUUAGAAUCCUUUUCAAGAUUUUGAUGUGCCAAGUACCUCACAGCUAAACCCACAUGAAAGGAUGUUAGAUCUGACAAGCAAAUGGUAUGUUUCAGAAGUACACCUUGUAUGCCUCCCUAGAAGACACGCAGCUGAAAAAGUUUUGCUGCAGCUUUGGCAGCUUGGAAACUAAAUGCCUUCUGCCUGAAUUUCAGGUGUUUGUUUCAUAAAGCUUUUCUUCCUGUAGCCUUGAUUCCCAAUGGCAUUAAAGAUGUCCAAAGAAGAUAGGCCUGAAGUCAUUCUGAUAGUCCCCUUUAUCCUAGGAAAUAUUGGUUCUCCUCUUAAGGGAAAAGCCAUACUUUGUGCCUCAAAGUAUGAACCCCCUGACUCCGAAAAAAGUCCAUCAUGCACCAGUCUGACUACCUUUAGGCUUACAGCUUAAAUUACUCAACUCCCAUCCCAGCCAGGCAUUCUUUGGAGGAUAUGCUAAACGUAAUGGGGGAUGGGGGCUAGGAAACCAGACACAAGGAAAUUAUAACUAGCAAAAUGGAAAACCUUCUCCUCUUGGUGCCUGUCGGGGACUGAGAUUUGAACACAGCCCAAGUGUCAUUGGCGCUGAAUUGCCUAUCAGAUCUUUACAAAACGGGCAUAUCCUGUACUACUUUAAAUGUCAACACAUGUGCCAUCUCAGACUUCCUUAGUAUAAACCCCUUUAUAUAUUUCCAGCUGACAUUAAAACAGUUGGUAAAGUGGGUACUACAUCUUAGACCAUCUAGAUGGAAAAUUAUUUCACUGUGGAAUCUUGGAUGCAUUAGAAAAGCUAACACUGGCAUCUUUUGAAAUGGCUUCUUUAGUCCCUCGCUGAUGCUUAUCCUAAAGACACUGUUCUUGGUAGCUGUGAUGUCUACUAAGAGAAAUUCAGAAUCACAGGCAUCGUUUUGCAAGGAAACUUUUAUGAUCUUGCGCAGGGGCAAGAAUAUCUCGUCAUAAUAAUCCUUUAUGACAUUUAUGACAGAGGUAGUUAAGGAGAGCUCUUUUGACUCAUGUCAUCAAUUUCUCUAAAGCAUAGAACAAGAAAGAACUAGAACUCUGCAUGCCUUGGACAAAACAAAAGUAUUCAGAACAACUGUCUGUGCCUUUUGUAAAGGGCAGGAGAGAGAAGCCAACAAACAUCAUCUAAAUGGCUUGCAUACUGUAUGUAUCUGCAAGCAUGUAGCAGGUUAAGUUAAAAGACAUGCAGAUGGAGCAACAGCAGCCUCCACAGCAUUCUUCUGGGGUUAGUACCCAGUACAUUUUAGAAGCAGCUUACCUGAGCCUCAGUCCACACUCUUUUAAAGCUGUAUAGGGCCAGGGCAGUGUUUGCUAUAAGAUCUGCUCUACUAGUAAAUCCCAUCAAGACCAACCACAUACUGGGCAAUGCUAUGGAGUGGCAGACAUGAGGGCUGCAACAGUGAUUACUGCAAGGAACAUAUGUUUUUAUGAACUUGCCAUAUUUGUAGAUGUUAAAGUGCAUUCACUGUUGUAGUCCAUAUUCUUAUCCUUCAUCAUCCUUCUCUCAUCAUUCUGGGGUUGGGCUGGGCCCCAGCCCCUCUUGAACUUGCUGACAUCCUGGAGGAGUAGACUUGGGUUCCUGUGGGAUGGACCUGCUUGUCAGAUAGGUAUUUUCCUCACACACCCCCAUCUGAUCCACUCAUGCUCCAGUUCCUGGUCCAGCCAAGGCAUGAAGACCUAAAGAUGUCAGUCAGCUCCCCUUUCAUACCAUGAUGUCCUUGCAUGUGAUUGCAAGGGACUUGGCUGAGGCCUGUGGAGGAAGGUACAGUUUUGUAGUUAGGACUAACUUUCAGACUACUUGUGGGUAGGUUAUCUCAAGAUCCGCAACAGUAAAUGUACUCUAAUAAAUACAGUUAUGUUAAGUUUUUUUAACACAAGUAUACUUUCUUGCUCUACAUAUCCCCAGUUCCUUAACAGCUGCAAAUUACCACUGCAACAUAACUUUGUAUAAUACAUACUGCUGCAUGACGUAAAAGGGAAGGUAAAGCAAUGGUGCUUCAGCAUUGAUGCUUGGUUUUAUGGUCUUUCUGCAACAUACAUAGCACUUACAUUUAGAGAAUGCUGUCAGAUGUAUAGUUUUCUAAGACUGAUGUGUGGAGAGGCCAGAUCUUCUGCACUGCCAUAACAGUUUGGUGUCAUAAAUCCUCCUUUGACAUUUUGAGGCUAUGAGCUGCUCUCAUUGUUGCUCAGUAUUUUACUCUAUGUUCUAUAUGUAUGUUCGCCCAUUUGGAACGUGUCUCGACUUUCAGAAGUUACACUAGCAUACACUGGUUUGAGUUAGGUGCACAUUUAGAAGUUAAAAAUGUCAUAAUGUUUGAAAGUGAUUGAAGUAGGGAUUCUUGCCUCUUCUAAAUAGUAAUUUCACUUGACACUAAGAUACGGCUGAAUGCUUAGAUUGGCUGAGUAGCCUGUAUUGAUUUUUUAGUAAUUUUAUACAUCCUUUACAUAUGCAAACAUGGCAUUGUUACUUGUGGUACAUGGGUGGGUGAGGGCUUGGCAAGAAAUAAGUGAAAUGUUUGUUAAAUAAAUGUUAAUAUGAGAAGGAAAGUACUUCACUAAGGGAGACAGAAGUUUGUUAUAGGGGGAAACUAGUGAAAAUUGAUCUCUGCAGUAGCAGUGUUUUUUAGUAACGUAUUGUUUAACAGUUUCUUUAUGUCCUCACUGUGUCUACAUGGGUUUUCAGUGGAGCAUCAGGUUUCAUCCCAGGGACCUACAAAUAGCUGAACUAGCAAAGUAUAGAUUUCUUCUGGCAUGUGUGCACGCGCAUUUUGUCUUCAGUGGCCUUUAGUCCCAUCUGGGAUUGGUUCCUGUCUUAGAACUUUAGUUGCCAUCUGCAACUUGCCAUGAAUCAGAAAUAGAUGAAUGGAUGCUUUUUAUAUCUCAUUUAGAAUGACUGCAGAUGCCUGUAUGAAAGUAACUGCAGUGUUGUUACACAGGACUUCAUUUUUUUGUGGGAAAUUACCAAGCCCAAACUAAACUGGCUUGCAGUCUUUGAGGGGGGGGCAACAUGGAUAACCAGUCUAGCUGUGCCCUUUUCUAGACAUGCUACAGUAAAUGCUGUAACAUAUAGUAACAUACUGAAUUGCGAAGUCAUAUAUAAAUCAAAUGUAUGAUUUAAAUCACUAGGACAUCAAAUGGUUCUCCAUGUGCUUUAUGAAAAGGACAUGUUUUGAGACACUUUGUGUAAUUGUCCUCAGUGAAGCACUUUCAAAACUGUCUAGGUAGCAAGUCCCACAGGUGAGGUACUUCAUAAGGAAAAUAAUGAACACGUGGUUUUCUGAUUCAGAUUGUAAAUAAUUAGUGGUCCUGAGGUGGCUCAAAGGAGAAAAGCAGCUCCUGUAACUAAGCAGGACCUGGUUCUUGAAUGUUUUGAUGGAGAGAGCUUUGGGGAUUAGAAAACGGCAUGGGUUGUCGACACACGCACAGUAAUGAUGGGAGGACAUCAUCUCACACAGCUGUUCGUAAUUGUCAUCUAGGUAAACAUCUUGUUUUAUACUUUUUUUUUCCUAUCUGCUGUGCAGAUGUGUUGUUUAGAUACUCGAAAAUAAAUACAGAACAGCUUUAGCUUCCACACUGCUACAGAGACUGCCUUUAUUUACUUAAUAAAAAUAGAAUCGUUCAUACAAUACUUGGAUGGUGUUUUGAACGAUACAGUUAACAUCCCUGUUUUUUAACUCUUCUGUGACUUUUUGAGCAUCUAGUGAUCCUACAGAACUCCCCUCUCCUUCAAGAGAAAACACUAAUACCAGACAUAUUUAAGAGGUAAAAUUAUUCAGUAUUACAAGUUUAAGAACUGCAGUUAGAUUUUUUUUAAAUGUUUGGAAGUCGGGUUUAAGGAUAACAAAAAAUCAUUUCAAAUUGACAAGACAUACAUAUUAUUGCCUGUAAAAAUCACUGUUAAAUGAGCCAUAUAAAUUAUUCUUUGCUUGAUACUUGUUAAAAAAAAAAAAAAAAAAAAAGUUACUGUUCACUGAUACUUUUUUCUCAUUUACCAAAUGAUAUUCAAUAGUUUUCUAUAUGGAAGUUAAAAUGUGGACUUUUUGUGGUUUAUUACAGAAUAUUAUUGGCUGUUACUGUUGUAUUUGCUUAAUAAUUCUUUGUUGAAGUCCAGUUUAAUUAAUAGUCUAUACUGUGGACCAGAGACAGAAAAGUGUUUCUUCAUUUAACCAUAUAUCAUUUGUGUUUACGUAGUGAUCUGUAAAUGAUAACAGUAGGCAUUCCCAUUCACAAAACAUUUGAGAGAGGGCACAAACGUUCAAUUUUUUGUUUCAUGGUUUUCUGCAGAGGGCUAAUUAGGUUUAAUGUUUUUCUCAAGUCCAAUUAAAAAUUGCUCAUUUGUCUGUAGGUGUGAAAAUACAUUAUCAUGUUUUUUUUUUUGUUCAGGAGUGGAGUUCUGCACUGUACUAACACAGAUUUAACACUUUAGAGCUUAUGAAAAAAGAUUUAGUUGCUCAGGAAAUUUGGGUUACAUUAGCAACAAAGCCUUAUUCAUCGUAAUUUAGAAAUGAUUAAAAAUGUAGGUACUCUAUUGCAAAGAUGCAGUUUCCAAAGCCCAGGUUUAACUUAUGGAAAUGAUCUGUCAUUUUACUGCUCAGUAAUAUUGAGUUUAAGAAAUGCCAUAUUUGGGGCUAUUUAUAAAUGAGAUCUUUGUUUCAGAUUAUUUGAUCAAUGACUGGAACUGUAUGCACCCAGUUUUUGUAAUAUUUUAGAACAUUUCAUACUAUAACUGUAUAUAUUCAUAGAAUUUCUAAUUUUACCUCAGCAUUUGUUUCCCUUGUAAUUUAGUGCAGAAUAGAACAUGACCACCUUUAUCGUGUUCAAAAAGGUGCUGCUGUGAUGUGCUGAGUUUCGAGAUUUCCAAGUAGAGAAUGCCAGCUGUAAUAAAAAAAUAAUGAUAAUGUUCAUAGGUAGGUACUAGGCUAUUAGUCCUAGGGCCUAUAUAAACCUAGCCAAACAGGUACCCUAGCUUUCACCACCCAAGAAAAUUAUUUUCCUGUGCCUCUGUCGAGCAGAGCCACAGAAGUGAUCCCCGGGGUGUAACGCUAUCAUCCUUGAUGGAUCCUGUGGUUGGGUUUGUACUCUACAAAAUGCCCCGUCUUGCAUUUUUCCUCACAACAUACUUCAGUUUGGGGCAAGGGAGAAUACUAUGAUGUCUCACACAAACUAGAUAAGCAUGUCUAACUGUAAAUUCACUGCAUGAUUGUAGUCAUGAAUGCACAUAGUGAAAAGUUCCAACAUUCAGUUAAAUGCAAACAGUAUCAAUGUGGCUGUCAGAUUUACAGUCAAGACUUGCCACCUGUGUUAUAUUUACUGUCUUGGGGAAGAGUACUGCCAGCAAAUCAAACUUGCCACAUAAAGGUGUCAAGGGGAGAAAAAAUGUUUAGUAGUCAAAUUAUUGAUGUACAGAAGUAUGUGUUGUAAUUCAUUUUUUUUCUAGGUUUCAAAGCAGUGUGCAAAUUGGGAGAGCAUGUUUCUUUGUCAAACUAGGUAGUCCUAUGUUUUGAAGCUGUGUGACUUUAGAAUUAGUAUGUUAUAGAUGUGGUUCCAUUUUCAUUAACUACUAGGGUGAAGUUAUACGGCUUUGUUAGCUUAGCAUUUAAAACGUUUCCCAGGCUACAGCUACUCACCUUCCAUACCUGUAACACUUUACGCUCUAGCUUCCUGUCUAGCUUUCUAUUCCUGCUGGGUCUAUAUCACAACAUUAAACUAACAUAAGUUCAAACAAUGUAAUAUCAAACCCUAAAGUCUGAAACCCAAGAAUAGCAAAAACACAGAACAGCAACCCCCCCCG